AUAUAGAGGAGAUAAUUUAUUCACAUCGAAAUUUUAUUCCCAUUGCAAAGACUUAAUUAAAAUCUAUGGCGAGACUUAUCUUUCAUUUUGUAUUUGCUCUUAUCCUUGCAGCUUAUUUAUUGUCGGUAACUGAUGCGAUACCUAGAGGAUGGCAAGAACCGUGCUUUUGUCCUUCCAAAAAUCCUUACUGCGACUGUGGCGAUGAUCUUCAAGUUCCUACUACUUCAGUGAUUAGUCCUAAACCUAUAAUUGAGCAGUGUGCGCGUUGCGAAAGAAACUCUCAAUGCAACAAAGUUUGUCCGGCAACGUGCAAAUACAAAGUCUGUAUAUUUAAUCGAACAUGUGAGUUCAGUACAUGUCAUUGCUAUAGAUGUUGAUUGAUGCAACUUCGGUGAAAGUAAUAAAAGAAGAAAUGUCGAGCUUACAUGCAUGGCUUUUACAAAUAUAUGGAAAUGAAUAUUUCUCAUUAUAUUAAAUUUGCA